UGGAGUUCUUUCUAAUGUUCAAAAACCAAGGUGGCAACCAUGGUGGCAACACUAAUUACGCGCUUCCUAUUGUCUAUGCUUCUGUCAAUCUUCCUAAAUUCCUUUUCCGUGUGGCAUGGUGACGACAUAAGUUGCCGUUAAAGCAACCAAAAUGCCGCAGAACGAAUAUAUAGAGCGCCAUCAAAAGCUUUACGGCAGGAGGCUCGACUAUGAGGAGCGGAAACGAAAACGCGAGGCGCGUGAACCUCAUAAGAGGGCAGAGAAAGCCCGCAAGUUGAGAGGCAUCAAAGCCAAGAUCUAUAACAAAGAGCGGCGCAAUGAAAAGAUUCAAAUGAAAAAGAAAAUCAAAGCACAUGAAGAGAAAAAUGUUCGGCAAAACACUGAAAAAGUGGCAGAGGGGGCUGUACCCGUUUAUCUACUGGACAGGGAUGUCCAAUCACGAGCUAAGGUUCUUUCUAACAUGAUCAAACAGAAACGUAAAGAAAAGGCUGGAAAAUGGGAUGUUCCAAUACCCAAAGUCAGAGCGCAGGCAGAUGCUGAGGUAUUCAAAGUUUUAAAGUCUGGUAAAUCUAAAAGGAAAGCUUGGAAACGUAUGGUUACAAAGGUGACGUUUGUCGGAGAGAACUUUACUCGUAAACCUCCAAAGUUUGAGCGCUUCAUCCGACCUAUGGCUUUGAGGUUUAAGAAAGCUCAUGUAACUCAUCCGGAGUUGAAAGCAACCUUCUGCCUGCCUAUCAUUGGUGUGAAGAAGAACCCUAGUUCACAGAUGUACACAAGCUUAGGAGUUAUCACCAAGGGUACAGUCAUUGAGGUGAACAUCUCUGAGCUGGGUCUGGUGACGCAGGCUGGUAAAGUCGUAUGGGGAAAGUAUGCUCAGGUCACAAAUAAUCCUGAGAAUGAUGGUGUUAUUAAUGCUAUACUUUUAGUAUAAUUAUGUUCUGUAUUUGAUGUAUGAUUCUGCCACAAUAAACUUGAAUUGAACUUA